CGCCCUUCAGCCACCGCCCCAGUUACGACCUGAGCGAAACUUCCGGUGAGAGCCGUGCUCCACUCGCUCUUUUCUCUCCCGGUCUCGUCCUUUUCUCUUUUCCUUCUUCCCGGUCUCUCGCUCUUGUGUCACGCGCGCCAUAGAUCUCUGUACCAGAUUUAUUAUCCGCCGCAUCGUCGUUAUUUAGUACUUCGCGAAAUCCGCGAAACUCCGGUAAAACCAAUCCCCUAAACGAAACAAUGCUGAUCGGUCUCGUGCGCGACUCGGUGCUCCAGUGCUUCUGUCACAGCUGCAAGGCACCGCUUAGCGUUGUAGCGGGACAAAGGAGGAAUAACGCGCCGUUUAAGAAGCCUAAUGGCAAGGGCAAACCGCGGACCAAGCAACCGAAGAAAGUGAAGUUCAUCACGACUGAAAUUCGAUGCCAGGAAAAGUCCAAAGGCGGCUUGUGUUACGAAGUGAUUCUGGCGGAGCCAACGGGGCCUAAACGAGCGCCUUCGCCACCGCAACCAACAAGCCCAACGCAGCAAACUGCGAUCGAAGAUAAGCUAAAGGCUGCCGAGGAACGAAGACUGUCUAUUGAGGCGAACAAACUCGCGGUUCUCGCCGCAAAACUUAGCAAGAUCGAAGAAGCAGCCCGCAAGAAGGAUGAGCUCAGCGCAGCCUUCAUUGCCGCUACUCGCGAAUCUCUGGAUGCUAAGAUGAACAAUACGGAGGAGAAACGAGAGGCCCACAUCGCCGAAUUGAAGAGUAAACUGAAGGAACAUUUGGAGAGCGUUGAGAAGACUCGUCUUAGUCUCGAGCAACAAACCGAGGAAGUGCGAUGUGCUGUCGAGGAGAAGCUUAAGUUUGCAGCGGCUCAGCGCGAUGAGAAUAUCAAGAAAAUGCUGGAUCGUCUCAAAGAGCACGAAGAGCAAGUUGCUCGCGUACGUCAAGGAAUGUCAGAGCGUGUGCAGCAAUUGGAGUCCCAAAUUCAGGGCAAACUGGAACAGGCACGCGAACGUCGCGAGACCAUUGAGCGUGAGCAGAAGGAGAAGCUACGCAAUCACGAAAGACGCGCCGAGAUCGUGAGACAGAAGAAGGCAGCCCAAGACCGCCAGGAUGGCAACAACACAGAGGCACCGCAAUCAGUCUUGCCAGUAGAGAACGAAACUGCCAGCUCCGGUUAAAAUAUUCGGCGCAAUUCAUCUUUAAGCUGCUCCGUAAAAGGCUCCGUUUCGCUUUGUGCCAUUAUUUUCUGACUCGAAGUAAAACGGGAAGUCGAUCGCGCGCAUCGGACGUGUCCGCAUUUUUCUGAGCGGAGAGGGUAAGAGGACGGGAGACCGUUUCUACCCUGUAGUUCCUCGAUGUCGCGCGAACAAUACUGCCUUCAUGUUAUCCUUAUUCCCAUUCUUCGGCGAAUAUUUCGCACGAUUUCUUCAAUUCUAAAAGGAAAAAAGAGAUGAUUUAUUCGACAAGGUUGUUGUGAAAGUUUGCUUUUCAUGAAAGAUUUUGAACAUUUGAAGGAGUUCGAAACGUUGAGUACACAGAAUGAAUUUGAGAAGG